UCCAGUCCGGCCUGUCGUCUAGGACGAACACCACCUGUCUCGCAACGGGGUCGCGAGGUGGUUUGUCAGCAGCAGCAGCAGCGGUACCGUUAGCAGCCGCGCGCGCGCGCACGAGCGAGCGAGCGAGCGAGCGAGAGAGAGAGAGAGAGAGAGAGAGAGAGAGAGAGAGAGAGAGAGAGAGAGAGAGAGAGAGGUGAGAGUGUGAGUAGCCCGGGCGGCACUCAGCUGCAACUACUGGGCGAGCAUUGUUUGGCACCGGUAACGUGGAGAGGGGGCACUGGCGCGUUGGGCGACGAGUUGUCUAAUAGCAGACGCCUUGUGCGGGACCCUACUGUGCCCCUUUCUGUUUCUUUUGGGGGAGAGAGAGAGAGAGAGGAGAGGGGGGGGUAACUUGAGGGGCACUGGUGUCUCUGCGACCAUGAUGGCGUGGAUUGGAGAGCUUUCUCAUGGACGAAUGGCAAUGGCUGUGGGGAAGACGACGUCAGAGGUGUCGAAGGAGGUGGGAGGAAGCGAUCUAGCGAGCUUGUCUAUUAUGGUGCAGAUGAUAAUGCUAAUCAUUGCUUUCAUCAUAGGUCACAUACUUCGACGCAGGAACAUCUUAAUCAUUUCCGAAGCUGCAGCUGCGUUGCUUUUAGGCGGGUGCAAGGUUUUCUCCAAGAUCGACCUCAAGUCUGGUUACCACCAGAUUGAAGUCGAUCCUGCGGACCAGCACAAGAUCGCGGUCAAAACGCGCGACGGGCUCUAUGAGUUUACCGUAAUGCCCUUCGGUCUUACGAACGCACCAGCCACGUUCCAAAGUCUCAUGGACAAGGUCCUCCGCGAACAGAUUGGCCGGUUCGUGGUAGUGUACCUGGACGAUAUCUUGAUUUUCAGCGAGUCCAUGGAGGAACACCUCAAGCAUCUUGAGGAGGUACUUGCUGUCCUCAAGAAAACGCAACUCCAUCUCAACUUGGAGAAAUCUGAGUUUGGGAAGGAUAGCGUCAUCUACCUUGGGCACCGGUUGUCUGCUGCAGGCCUAGAGCUUGAGGCAACCAAGAUUGAGGUCAUAGGCGAUUGGCCUCAGCCUGUGAACAUUCGAGAAUUGCGUUUUUUUCUUGGACUUGCGUCGUACUAUCGGAAGUUUGAACCCCGUUUCUCCAGUAUUGCUCGUCCAUUGUCGUGACUAACCAGGAGGAAUGUGUCUUAUGCCUGGGAUGCCGCGUGUACGGAAACUU